UUCCGAAAUACGGUCUCGUCACCGCUGAGCCUGAGGCAUAUACGCCCCAACACGAUUCGAAACUAGAAAAGCUGAGAGCAAUGUCUUCUUCCAAGCAGAGUGGGCCGACCAAGGCAUCCAGUGUCACCAAGGCCGCGGCGAAACCCUCGAGCAGUCAGUCGAAGCCGCACUUCAACCCGCUCUCCGAGAGCACGAACAUCAAGGACCACAUGAGGAAGCGUGAUCCGCCCUACUGCCGGGCGACUCAGGUACAGCCUGCCUUCCAUCUGCUGAGAGACGACGAAGCCGUUGCAUUUGACGUCGAGUUCCAAAGGAUCUGCAAGAACCCGACAGAGAAACGCAAGGUGUGGCAAUCUCGACUGGGGUGGUUCAGUGUCGUUGGUGAGGCGGGCCAGGAGAUCUUCAACUGCUUCGUGUUCUACGACAAUGAGCCUGGCACUGAGAAGGCCAUGGAUCCCAUCCGAUUCGGCGUACUGCGAGAAGAUCUGAAAGCUCACAAUGGAGCUCGGAACGGCAGAGAGGUAGAGGCGACACUGAGACGCAUCUUUCAGGGUCGGAAAGUCAUCAUGCAUGACCGGAGAGGCGACAUGAAAGCCUUUUACACCAUCUCUGACGCGUUCGACCAAAGCGAAAUCGUCGAUACGCAGCAGCUGUAUCGCCAUCUGCAGCCGGAAAGUGGUCAGCCAGGACUCCGAGACACCGCUCUCAAGGUACUCGGUAGGGUAAUCCAAGCUGGCGGACUUCACAACCCGAGUGAGGAUGCGCGAGCCACGAUGGAUCUCUGGCUGGAGCACCGGCGCCAAGCUGACACGCAAGCGGAAGAUGCAAAAGAUGCUGGAUUGCUGAUCGCAGAGACAUCGGCGGAAGAGGGCGACUCUGCGAAGGAGUUGAUACCGAGCAGUGGUGAUGGGAUAUGCUCUGGAAAGUCGGAAAGGCGUAUCAGCAGAGAGCUUUGUAGGCAUCGGUCGGUGUAGUUUUACAACUGGCAAGAUGGUAAAUAGUAGUCUCCAUGCAGGUGUUACCCUUUCCGCUUUGCUCGCCAAUAUACGCAAAUAUGCGGCUGUUCCAGGCAUCGUGUGUCUGCUGUGCUCUCGGAGGUCCAACUACAUGGCUCUGCUCAUCAGACCAGCGCGUGGAGUCAUGCUCUUGUCGGUGACGGAUCGAGCGAGUUGGAUCCGGA